AAUCAUUGCACUUCAUAGAGGCUCCUCAAGACAAAAAUUGAAGAAGAUAAAGAUAGACUAAUCAGUUACAUUGCACAGGGCAUGGAAAGAAGAGCUGCUGGGCGAAGUUUCUUUCUGAUCACAGUCCUUCUGGGGUACUGCAUUGUGUUGUCAUCUCCAGCCAUAAUCCGGAAUCCAAACAGACUUUGGAAAAUAGAUCUUUCUGACCAGUCAAUAAAUAAUAAACAGAGAAACCCCUUUAUGACUGGACCAGACUCCUGGAACCAGCAGCUCCCUUCCAUAUUAUUACACAACUGGAGUGUUAAAAUGUUACCAUCAAAUGUUCUUCCCAAUGAACCCACUGAAGAGAGAGCCAGAAAGUUACUUCUGCAGCCCAUCGCCAGGCAGAUUCUGUUUGGCUCUAAUGAGAUAGCCAGAAAGGUAUUGCCAAAUGAUGUCGAGAUCAGCAGAGCAAUCUUUGACCAGAGAUGGCUUCCUCCAUGGCCUGCAAGUGAAGAGCUGGAUAAAAGGAACAUUGUGGUGGCUGAUGAUGCUGCUUUCCGAGAGAAGAGCAAAAUGUUAACUGCUAUGGAGAGACAGAAGUGGCUCAACUCAUACAUGCAGAAACUUCUGGUAGUGAACUCCACUUAACCAAUGUUCCCUGGAUAGCUGUGCAUCAUGUGCUUUAAGAAUAUAUUCACUAAAAU